AUGGACCAGCCGGUGGGCUCGGAGAUGGUAUUACGUGUCCUUUGGAUAUGGCACGAUGGGUUUACCCAUCUGUUGCCGCAAUGUCUCCGGGCGCUGGCCCAACAGAAGUGUGCGUGGAGCAUUCCCACGCACAUUCUCGACACGAUUGUUGCCUCCUGCGGUGAUUACUCGCGGGUUGGCCUACCCAGGCUUUUACAACAACCUGGCCGACCUACAACAAUGGGCCAAGAGGUGAAUCUCGAUUACCUCUCGGUACGAGUUGAUGCUGAUAACUAUGUAUCUAUUAUUCUUGCACAGGACGGUUGCACAUUGCGGGCAUUUGCACAACCGCUCCACCAGUCUGAAAACUCAGCUACGGCGCUGAUUAACUUCUGCAAUGCACAGCUCCUGCCUCGAGGCCAUGUUCAGACAUAUGUAGUGGACAAGGCCAGUGUGUUUAUCUGCGAUGAAUUUACGCGGUUCUGGCUCGUACCGUCAACUAUGGUACCUGAUUUUGUAGCAAAUUAUAAUGCAGCGGACUCUAGUGUCAUUGAUAACACCCCUUACACCCUAGAAACAGGUCGCGUUUAUCCCCACCACAGAGACAGCCUCGUAGAAGCUGUUCUUGACGAAGCCCUGGGCUGUACGGAGCCGACGGUUUCGCUCACACAGGUACUUUUUCCCCGCGAUGAACAAGCUGCGGCUGCAGUCGAGAAGGCUCGAGCUGCCCAGAAACUAUCAGCGGAUCGAUACCGUAUCGAUGCCCCAAUGAUCGAGAUUGGCCGCGAAGUGCUUUAUAUGCCGAUGGGCACCCCAGGGCACAAAUUUGCAAAGGACUGGCUUGGACCAGCUACAUUGCUGGCGCAUGUGGCACCCGUGAUGCACUUUAUCUACGAUGCAGCCCUCAACAAAAGAGUAUCGGGUGCAUCUUAA